AUGUGCCCUGAAGGAGGGGAGUCAAUAGAAACUCCAGAGACAGGUGACUCAGAAGACCAGACAGCUGCAGCAGUGAGUGUAGCUGAGACAAGUACACCUGCUGUGACAGGCGGUGAGAUCAGACAUGCCGUGAGAACAGAAGAUGUACAAGAAACAGAUUCUACACAAGGGACCACAUCACAGACCGAGGUGGGAGCCAGCUCGUGUGAGGGUGAUGAUGAGAUGUCAUCUCAAGAAGACAGGAAUGCUGGCAGUGUUGCUGACGUAAUAUACACCCAGGAAACUCUGUACAAUGAGCGCGCCCAGUCACAGGGGGAGUCUGAUGGAGAAGAGUUUGUACCAGAGACACAGAUGUCAGUCCAGCAGGAUGACCACCCAUCUGCUCGGGACACUGACCAAACACCAGGCCCCUCCUCAGCAGCAGACGACGGUCACUCCGAUGGGGAAAAGUCGGCAGACCAGGGUGAAGAGGUCCUGUCAGACGAUGACAUGUUUGAGGACAGGGCAGCAGGAAUGGAGAACAGAUACCAGAAUGAGGAAGUAGAGGAAGAUCACGUGAUAGACGAACAGGAAGGCGACGGGGAAGAAAUUGAUGAUUCGUCUGAAGAAGAGAAUAACGCACCUGGAGAUGAAUUUAUGAUUUCAUCUGCCGUAGAACAUGCAAGGUCUCCACUGAAGUUACCAGCCCAGCAGCAGGCCAAACCUGUGCGGCAAAAACGCAGGAAGACGCCAGCAUCCAACAACUCCCUGCCACGUGCGUACACCAAGAGCAUCUUCUCCAACUUCUGUAAACGUCCCGUGUCCAAGGACGCCAUGGAAGCAGUGGAAAAGGGCUGUGAGAAGUUCUUCCACAACCUGUCCACAGACCUGAUGAUGUAUGCCAUCCACGGACACAGACAGACCAUCCAGGAGGCUGAUGUGGAACUGCUCAUGAGGAGGCAACGUUUUGUAACAGAGAAGCAGUCACUGAAUUCCCUCAUAGAGAAGUACCUUCCCUUGGAGGACAGGGAACAGCUCAUUCCCAUGGCAACCAGUGGUAACAAAGUCAUCCCACACAGUAGCAAAGGAAACAAGUAGAUUUCUGCAUGGCGUCAUGUAGUGCUGUGUACCUGUUCACUGGACCGGUUCCAGACUUGUAAAAAUGUUUAG